AUGAACAUGGCUCCGAGAAUAAGUCUAUCUACUCUGUCUAUAGGGCAGGCAGCAGCCUUACUGUCUGGAGGUCUCCUCGCGUACGUGGUUGGUGUUGUGAUAUACAGAGUCUACUUCCACCCAUUAUCAAAGUACCCCGGUCCCAAACUCGCAGCCGCCACUCGUUUAUGGUGGAUGAAACAGCAGCUGAGCGGACGUUUCCCAUUUAUUGUUCACGAGCUGCAUCUUAAAUAUGGCGAGAUCGUACGGAUAGCUCCCACUGAGCUCUCUUUCACCGGCGCUGACGCCUGGAAAGAGAUUUAUGGAUUCCGCAACGGUUUGCCUGAGAACCGCAAAGACCCUGGUGAAAAUACGGACGCGGAUAAAACGCAUCCCACAAUCAUCAAUGCGGAUCGUAGGACGCAUGGGAGUUUGAGAAAGUUGCUGUCCAAUGCAUUCUCCGAUAAGGUUCUUAAGGGACAGGAGCCAGUGUUGUUGCACUACAUUGAUCUUCUAGUCAGUCGCUUGCAUGAGGUAGCAGACAAGGAUGAGCCCGUGGAUAUUGUUCGAUGGUUCAAUUAUGUGACUUUCGAUAUUAUCGGCCAUCUCGCGUUUUACGAACCUUUUGACUGUCUCAAGAACGAUGACUACCACCCUUGGAUGUCCAUGAUCUUCAAUGCGAUCGUUUAUGUUCAUUACAUUCGCACAUUGCAACGUUUCAUUGACGUUCGAUCGAUCAUCUUAGCUAUCAUGCCUAAGAGGAUCGUCGAACGUCGUAAAUGGCACAUUGGUCUCGUCGAAGAGAAGGUCAAGCGACGCAAGACUAGUCACCCAGACUACAUCGACUUCAUGAGCCACUUGCUUCAAGCUGAGGAAAAGGGUGACCUCACAAUGCCGGAUUUGGUCGCAAACGCCAACCUUAUGGUUAUCGCUGGUAGCGAAACCACUGCCACGAUUUUGUCGGGUACAAUCUACUACUUAUGCACCCACCCACGUGUGAUGCAAAAACUUAUCGAUGAGGUUCGUACAUCGUUCGACUCAAGCGAUGAGAUCAACAUUGCUCGUAUCAGCCAACUCAAAUAUAUCAAUGCUGUCAUUGACGAGUCGUUCCGCUUGUAUCCUCCCGCUGCAGGCAGUCAUCCUCGUAUCACCCCACCAGAGGGUGCUAACAUUCUCGGCGAGUGGCUUCCUGGUAACACAUCCAUGGGCAUGGCACAGUAUGCUGUCUUCCGCUCUCCAUAUAACUUCAAGGAUCCAGAAAUCUACCUACCUGAGCGGUGGUUGGAUGAUGAAGGACCAUACAAAAACGAUCGCCGUGAGGCUUUGCAGCCAUUUUCUUUCGGUCCACGAAACUGCAUUGGUCGAAACUUGGCCAACAUCGAAAUGAGACUCAUUCUUGCUAAGAUGCUGUGGCAUUUUGACUUCACAUUAACUCCCGAGUGCGCGAAUUGGCCCAAGGAUCAAUAUAUUUACACAUCGUGGGAGAAGAUUCCACUCAAGGUUCACAUCACCACCAGAGCUUCAAAGGCCUGA